UUGAAUAAAUCUUAUACAGGAUCGUGUUCUUUCACUAUUAUGUUUACUCCAAGGCAGCGGUAAGUUUACAGGAGAACGACAAUGGCGUAUUCGGUGAAUAUUUCUGUAGAAGCACCGAUCGAAAAUCAGAUCCAAGAAAUCACCUACGAUGGCCAAGAAAUUUAUCAAGCCCCUCUCACUCUGUCAGAAAACUUGGCAAAAAUCGCGCAGAAAAUUGACUUUAGCAAAACGAAUGGUGAGGACAUCAAGAAAGAACCUGAGAGUGGAGAGAAGAAUGAAGAGGACACAAAAGACUCAGCUUCUUUCCAGUCCUCCUUAUGGCCAUGGGACAGUGUUAGGAAUAAAUUAAGGAAUGCAUUAACAGAAGUGUGCGUACUAGCAGAUGUUCUUGCAAUAGCAAAAGAGAAACAUUACAUGGUUCUCGAUCCUGUGCCACAAGAGCCAACAGAUGUGAAACCUAUGAUACAAGUGUAUGCUAGGAAGAAGGCAUUAGCUGGGGCAGCAUCUGUUAUUAUGACGGGUGCUGAUAGAUUAAAGAACUGUCAGAACGAAUUAGCUAGGAAUAGAACGACUCCAGAUUUUCAUAUCGAAUUAUUGAGACUAAGGCAAAACUGGCGUUUGAAGAAAGUUUCCAAUUCGAUCAUCGGCGAUCUUAGUUAUAGAACAGCUGGGUCCAAGUUCCCUCAGACUGGUAUGUUUGAAGUCACCAAGGCAGAAGAGGAAGAAAAAAGUAGCGCGAGCCCUCCUGCAUCUCCUAGUGCUAGUAACAAUGCAACAGGCCAACCCCAUCCCCCGAGUUCCAAAGCUUCUGCACUGAGAGUUACUAUACCCAGUGAAUUACAAGGUGUAGCGUACAUCGAAGUUUUAUGUCAGAAAGACCAAGAAGAUCUGUGUAGCGCAAAUAUUAGUUUACUUAACAACAGCGCGCACAGUUCUAAUGCGGAUAUGCAUUGGCAACAGAAACUGGAGGCCGCACAAAACGUCCUCUUUUGUAAAGAACUGUUCAGUCAGUUAGCACGAGAAGCGGUGCAUUUACGCGCGCCUAUACCUCACAUGGUCGUCGGUAAUCAAAUAAUGGCAACGGUGUUACCCGGAAUACAGUUAAUUAUAGGACUUUGUCAUAGUACGGGAAACGACAAGAAGCCUUCCGCUCCUCCUCCUCACAAAAGCGAACACGAUCAUGUACUGGAACACUCGUUGCAUCAACUUCUGCGCGAGGUUCAUCAUAAGAACACUCAUCACCCAUUUCCGCACCCGUCUUCGGGACCUUUGGGUCCGAGCAAACGAAGAUGUUUAGCCGGGCCCACGGCCGCCGACAGAUACGAAUUGCUAGAAAUGACGAAGAGUCAAACGUUGUUAGAACAAAUUAUACAGCAGGCUCAACAUUACUUCAUGCGGUUGCGCACCGAAUACGUUUUAGACACGAUAGCGAAAGAGGUGAAGGAUCCUUUGAUCGUGUCUCAUUGGAACGCGUUGAAUUCUCCCACUCAGUCCUGUGUAAAAAUCAACAUUUUAACCCAUGGGUACGACGCCGUGUGUCGUACCUCGUUGGUUGUUCACGUAGGAGAGAAAUCUUUAAAAUGUGUCUGCCGAGACGGUAGAGUGAUGCACAUGAGCUACGAACCUCAAGAAUUACGUGACCUAAUUUUUUGCCAGAUAUAUCAGCACCAAAUAACGGCGGUACAAGCGUUAGCGAAGUGUAUGGGUUGGCACUUUUUAGCGAAUAGCUCACACCUUGGCUUAGGAGCGGUAGAACCGUUAGGAAACGCUAGUAGUUGUAUUUUAGCUUCACCAAUAGGCGAUAGAAUGAUAGCUGUUAGAUGCGAACCGCAGACGGGAGUACAAGUUGCAAUUGCUCAUUCCCCUAGAAAGGAUUUCUUCCCCGGACAGUUAGUGAGAGAAAGGAAAUGGGAAAAUUUGGGUGGUUCUUUCAAAGAAGUUCGAUGGGAUAAAAUGGAAGGAAAGAACUUCUUGAACAAAAUGGAAUUACUCAUGGCAUCUUUAACGAGUAGCUCGUAGAUUAUUAUCAACGACUGAGUAGAAUACUAAUUCCUUCCACAGGGUGAAAAUAUUCAGAAUUUACCUUGCAUACGCACAUAGUUUUCCAUUGUAUUAUUGCAUACAGAAAAUACACGCAUUUUUUUCAAUAUCCCGUGACUAUGAUUCAUUUUAUUCCAUUUUCUUCAAUAAAAUAAUCUGAUCAAGAGUUUCAUGUGUUUGGAAUCGGAUAUUUAAAUAUCGUUUGAAAAAAGUUAUAUUUCAUCCUGUGGUAUCUGUAACUCAGUAUAGGCAUUACAAUAAACAGUAUCUUUAGUUAUACAAAAAUUGUUUUUAUUUAGAUGACAUAUGAAAUGUAAUACGAAUCAAGUAAUAGAACAAAAUGUUAAGUGAAACGCAAUGCCAAAUAUACAGAUGUAUAUUGAACAUCUAAA